AAGAAAUUCAAGGCGGGAAAGAAAAAAAAAUAGUGAAGGGUCAUUUAUUCAUUUCCAAUUGUCCGGUUGAUCUGGUACUUUUUUGUCGCAAACCCAUAUCUUUCAAUAUGUCUGCGAUUGGAACUCUCGUCUUCUGCACUGACUGCGGCUCUCUAUUGGAGGGUUCAAUUGGUGAUCCGACUAAGAUUCUUGUCUGCGAUGUCUGCGGAGCUAGGAAUAAAGACACCGUUCCCCAGACCAUUGUCUCCGAGUCCAAGCCAAGCGCAUUCCCGUCUGCCUUGAGAGCGAAAAGAUCUGCGGUCCAGACCUUGACGGCGUCAGACAGAAGAACCGAAGCCCUUACUCAACAUACUUGCAUCAAGUGUGGACGGAAAGAGAUGUACUACACCACCGUACAACUGCGCAGUGCAGAUGAAGGUAGUACGGUGUUUUACACAUGUGUCUGUGGUCACAAGGAAUCGACGAACAACUAAACGGCAAAGACCUGGUGUCUAUCUUUUUUUGGGGAAUUCUCAAUUGUACAUCUAU